AUGACGUCCGCCGCCGCUGCUCAACCGCUGCGCGAGAAGCACCGACUGGACGCGUCGCUCGCGGCCCUCUUCCUCUUCUCCGUGUGCCUCAAGCUGCUCCUCCUCCCGUCGUACACGAGCACCGACUUUGAGGUCCAUCGCAACUGGCUGAGCCUCACGUACCGCCUGCCUCGUCGCCUGUGGUACGUCGACCACACGAGCCCAUGGACCUUGGACUACCCGCCGCUGUUUGCCUACUUUGAGUACCUCUUGGCGCUCGUCGCGGCGCAAGUUCUGGACGAGAAAGAGCAGCUGCUUGAGCUUCGCGCAGAGCCCAUUCUGUCGCCGUCGCUCGUGCUGUUCCAGCGCCUGAGCGUCAUUCUGUCGGACGUUGUGCUCUUCUAUGCUCUCUACGCCUAUUGCGCGUCGUGGCCGACCGUGACAACGACCGAGUGGGCGUUCUCGACGGCCAAACGAGGAGCCAUUAUGCUGGUGACCGUACUGGAUGCGGCGCUGCUGUACGUGGACCACAUUCACUUCCAGUACAAUGGCAUGCUCUUGGGCCUGUUGAUCCUCUCGGCGACCAAGUUUCGCCUGCAACAGGAUUGCCGAGGCGCGCUGUAUUACACAGUGCUGCUCCUGUUCAAGCACAUUUACCUCUACGCCGCGCCGUUGUACUUUGUCUACUUGUUGGGACACUAUUGCUACGUGAAGAAAGCGGCCGUGAAAGCGGCCGACAGCCAUAAGAAGGACAACGAGGACGACGAGGACGACGACACACAGCUGGAAACGAUGCUGAGGAAACGCUCGAUCUCGAGCACCGACGUGCACGGGACUAUUCAGGACCUUCACGAUGGGAACGUGACGUUUUCGUUCGUCAGGUUUUUGCACCUGGGAGCGAUCGUGCUUGCAGUAUUCGCGUGUGCUUUCGGUAGUUUAUUGUGGGACCAUGAAAACCCGAUGAUCGGCAUGCAGCAGAUUGGGUCGCGAUUGUUUCCUGUUCAGAGAGGACUGUGCCACGCCUACUGGGCACCCAACGUGUGGGCGCUGUACGCUUUUCUGGACAAGGUACUUUUGGUUCUCGGUUUUCCAGCUGCGACAAAAGGGGUUGCGCUCAUGAGCGGCGGGCUUGUCCAGGAGGCGAGCUUUGCCGUGCUGCCGGCCGUGUCGCCGCUCGUGUGCGCAAUGCUGACUUUUGCUCUGAUGACGCCGGUACUACGGAGCGUGUGGAAGUACCCGGACUCCUCGCUGUUCACAAGUGCGCUUGCCUACUGCAUGCUAUGCUCGUUCCUGCUCGGGUACCAUGUACACGAGAAAGCAAUUUUGCAAGUGACGCUUCCGCUGGCGCUGAUGGCUGCCGACAGUGUUGCCAGUAUGCGAUUGUACAGAUUUGCAGCCGGAGUCGCGACGAUUUCGCUCUUUCCAUUGUUGUUCACGCCAGCCGAGCAGGGAUCAAAGGUGCUCCUGGGCGCUUGCCAUGCUUUGCUUGCUGAGGUCGUGCUCGUUCCGCUGCUCAAGCAGUCGCUGAAGGGUCGGCACAUCAAGGUCACUGCCGUCGGCAUGUCGAUCUUUGAGCGAGUCUUCCUCGGUGGCCUGGCCGGUCUAGCUUUCCUGGCGGCAGUGUUUCCGUACAUCCCGCGAAUUGGUGCACGAUAUCCGUUUCUCCCGCUCAUGCUGAUCUCAGUUGGCUGCGCCGUUGGGAACAUUUACGUGUGGGGCUUCGCCGUGACUCAGCACUUUCGAAAACUUGACGCUGUGAAGUACUAUCUUGACACGCAAAAACCAACAUGA